AUGGCGUUCGCAGCAGCCUCAAUUGCAAGGGAAAAAUUUUCACCAUCGUCCAGCAACAAAUAUAAGUAUCCAACUGUGUUCAAAGAUUUUCUCAUCCGCCUCGUCAAAUCCUUCGACAGUGGAAAUCGUGCAGCAUUCCAGUUGUCGUGUAAGGGUCUUCUCCCGGAUUCGAUGUUGGAUGGCGACAUGACAAUUGAUGCUGAGUUCGUCGCAUUAAUCAAUUCCCUUCUGAAUUCUAAUGAAUUAUCUUUCACCAACAUGAAAAUGCUUAAAGAUAGCCUCUCAAGUAUGGGUCGUAUGGAUCUGUUGCAGGAACUUAAAAAGGUAAAAUUGCGAAUCUCAAUUGGUAUCAUUUUGGAAGAUUACCUAAAGUUCAAAUCCGUUGAUGACUUCAGCCGCGGCACUAUUAUGGAACCUCCUGAAAAUCACACAAAUAUUGUGAAGCUUCUACUCACCACCAAAGAAGAAAAUCAUCACCUGAUAACACAAAUCCUUGGGCAGUUGAAGUCACUUUGUUCCGAUCAAAACUUCCUAAAAAGAUUUACAAAUAUUGCUCUUCUUGACUCAAAAUUAUCGUGGCCAAUGAUUACCUCAUCUUUGGUGAUUAUUGGUGAGCUUUAUGCUUCGCUUACUCCACAAUCAAGGGUUUUCGAGCGUGGUUCAUAUGUUUACCAGUUUUCCAUGACCAAGACAAGCAAGUUGCUAUCAGAUUGGAUGUUUGAAAACGGUGGUUUGAAAAAAUAUAAAGAAUUUAUUAGCGAGAAAGAAGCAGCAAAAACCAAUGAAGCAGUGCCACCUUCCCUCGAAGAAUCUUUGAAAGAAAAAAUUGAGCAGCUUGUAACUCGCGCGGGUGUACCACAGAGAAAUUAA